UCGAUAUCAUAGGUUUCCCCUUACCUCAGGAGCUUUCCAACGAGAGUUUUCAUUAAUCUUUCUCUCAUUCGGGAAUGCUGUGUUUAACAAUAUAUUGUAAGAUUUGAAGUAUUAUAAUUCUCCGCUGUUACUCCAGGGCUGGGAAAAGUUGUUGGUUGGGAGGGGGUGGGGAAGAAGAAAGGCUGAGGAUAAGCAGAAAGGAGGCAUGAGGAACGAUUUGUUCUACCUCAGAAAUAAGAACUCUAAGCUCACAUCCUGCUGCUUAAUCUGUUGCAAGCCCAUUACACGUAGUGUAAAGUUUGGGGGUUCCUUGUUCAAAAUCAACAAAAUAAAGGAGAUAAUCUUGAAAGGAAUUUCCCUGCGCUAUAACUCUUAAGUGUGGCUAAAGACAGAGUGUUAACUACUGUACUGCGCAGCUGUUGACCUGGAAAAUACAAGAAAGGGCAUAAUUGACCACAGCUUUACAGUUGUCAAAAAGAGUUUGUGUAUCAAGCAGAUUUCCUACCAGCUACAUAAAAAAUGAGUCCACAAAACUGGGUGAGGACAUGGGAAGAAAGACGAAAAGGAAACUGACAUGCCAGUGUGUACCAGACAAAAGAGUCCUGUUGAAGUCCUGUGGAAGAGUCCAACGUUCUCGUGAAGUAACAAGCAAAUACUGACCACCUACUAUGCACUAGUGUGUAGUAGGCACAAUGCUAGUUGUUGGGAUACAGGGAUUGCAUUCAUCAUCACAACCUCUCACACCUGAAUUCAACCUGUAUUCUUAUGGACUGCUUAGCGUUUGGCUGGAAGGCAUAAAUUUCUAAGUAAGUAUAACUAAUACGACCUCCACAUGACAUGAAGGCACAGGCAGCUCUGUCUUUCUUCUUCAUUCUUAUACCAUCUCUAUGUGGAUCUCAAGAUACGUUCUUUUUAGCUUCCAUAAGUCAUGUUCCUAUGAGUGAGCAAAUAGUCAUUGGAAGACUUGAUGAAGAUGUAAUUCUCCCUUGCUCAUUUGAGAGUGGGCCCGAUGUUGUAGUUCACUGGAAGAAUCAAGAUAACUAUGUUUACUCAUACUACAAAAACAGUGACCAGUUGGAAAAGCAAGAUCCCAGAUAUGUAAAUAGGACAUCCCUCUUCCUUGAUGAAAUUCACAAUGGGAAUGCCUCCCUAUCUUUCAAAAGAUUAAAGCUUCAGGAUGAAGGAACUUACAUAUGCUACGUGGGAACAUCACUUGGAAAAAUCAUAAACAAAGUGGUACUAAAAGUGGGAGCUUUUGUCACACCUGUGAUGAAGUAUGAAAAGAACACCACAAACAGCUUCUUAAUAUGCAAUGUGUUAAGUGUUUAUCCUUAUCCAAUUAUCACAUGGGAAGUGGAUAAUACACCAAUCUCUGAAAACAAUAAGGAAGAAAUCGGAUCUUUGGGUCCUUUUUAUAUUAACAGUAGAGUAAAUAUUACAGGAUCAAGUUCAUCUUAUCAAUGUGCUAUUGAAAACACAUUGCUGAAGCAAACAUGGACAGGGAGAUGGACAAUGAAAGAUGGCCUUCGUAAAAAUGAAAGGGAAAACGUUUCACUCUCGUGUAAACCUGAAAACAGUUUUUUCCUACCAAAUGAAGAUUUCAGGGUCACUUGGUCCAGGGUGGACAGUGGGAAUUCUUUGGUCCUGGCUCACUUUCUGAACUCCUCACAAGAAACAAUUAUCAAUGAACCCCUACUUUCACGGAACAAAAUUCUGAUAAGCCUGCAUGACUUCUCUUUGACUUUGAAGGAUCUUCGUCUUUCAGACAGUGGAGAAUACCUGUGCAACAUUUCUUCAAGCAAAUAUACUUUACUCACCAUCCAAACACUGUAUGUAGCUUAUAGACUUUUUGUUGAAGCAAGUCAAGGAACAGUUGUCGGAAUAAUUUCAACAUUGGUGGCAGUCAUGGUGGCAAUUUUGUUAACUCUAGCUGUUAAAUCAAGAAGAUGCAUGUCUUCCUACACAGAGGGGCAUCCAUCUACUGAUCAGAGAUCUAGCCAUGACGGUACUACAGAAGAAAACGUGGCUCUUUCAGAACAUUCAUUCAGUAAAGGAAGUGAAGACAGGAAUUGACAACACAGCACAAACAUCCUUAAUAUCCAGUGAUCUCACCUCCCCUUUCUUCACUGCGAUUCCAGCAAUGGCUUGUCAUGACCCAACAAUUCUGCCAUUGCAAAGACUUGUGAUAGUGGAAAGAGAAUAAUUACCUUCUUUCUCACGCCCUAAGAAUCAUUCAUUGACCCCCCUACAUGCAUCAAGAUUAUAAAUGCCUGGAUGCCAAGGGUUCCAGUUCAGCUUGGAAAAGAACUAUCCCAUUCAUUUACAUUCCUGCAGCAAUCAGCCCAGGAGGCUACAGUGAGGUUUCCUCCAAGAACUCAGAAGAAAUGAAUCACUAAGAGAUGAUUCAAAAUCUGAUUAACUAAUGAUGGGUGAGUGGUAGAAGCAGAAGUCACUUUAGUGAAAAGGUGAAAAACCAGAGCCUAGAAAACAGGCAAUGGAUUUGCUAAAGUAUUGUACUCUAGUUUUAUAUGAAUGGUUAAUAUCAGUUUAAUCAACUAGAUUUAGUAUGGUGAGUCUUAGGAGCCCCAAAGAGUAAGAAUGUCAGUAUCUCUAAGACUACCCAGGGUGCAAAGGGCCCUAUCAACUCAAGAAUUGACAUCUCUGGGGUUGGGUUGUACCCUUCAACACCAGGGUUUGCAUAGCCGAGUGACCCUAGUUAUGAAGAUAAUUUGAUUUACUCUUUUGGCUCAGUUGUCAUAUUGUUAAUCAGAUUUCUAAUAAAUUUAGAUUUUCAUAAAUUUUAUGCAAGGAGAGAAUGGAUAAUUCAGCUGACUAGAUGAUCUGUUCUCAAUUUCAUCAUCAAUAUAAAAGAAAGAAAGCCAAACCAAGACUUCUGUUAACUUAUUCAAGUUUUUAACCGUAUAGCUUACAGGAGAAAACCAAUCCUCAAUUGUGUAUUAAUACUAUUUGAUCGAGAGAGAGGCAUGGACAUAUAUACACUACCAAAUAUAAAAUAGAUAGCUAGUGGGAAGCAGCCGCACAGCACAGGGAGAUCAGCUCGGGGCUUUGUGACCGCCUGGAGGGGUGGGAUAGGGAGGGUGGGAGGGAGGGAGACGCAAGAGGGAAGAGAUAUGGGAACAUAUGUAUAACUGAUUCACUUUGUUAUAAAGCAGAAACUAACACACGAUUGUAAAGCAAUCAUACCCCAAUAAA